GGCAAAAAAAAAGGGGACACACGCAGCACUGAGGAGGAACUGAGAAUGAAUGACCGAGUUCAAACAAAGUGUGCGUGAGUUUCUGUUGGGAAAGGAUCAAGAUCUGCGGCAAACUGUGCAGGAUUGCCUUCAUCUCCAAAAUCCGGGUUGCAGCCGGUGAUUGGCAGGAGGAGGAGAGUCUGACGGAGGAGCAGAGGAAUGUUGGCAGCCAUUUAGUCUGAGCUCAACAACGGAGGAAACAUGGAUUCUUCACAAAAAAAAUGUAAACACAGCAAUGGAAUGAGAUGUGGGACCUCUGAGGAGGAUAAGGAUGGUUCGGCAACAACAGCAAAAAGAGAUAAAUCACUCAGUUGUGAGCAAUGUGGCAAGACUUUCAUCACAGCAACAAAGCUAAGAAUUCACAAACGUAUUCAUACUGUGGAGAAACCAUUCAGGUGUGAUCAGUAUGGAAAGGCUUUUACGAAGAAGAGUGAUUUAAAAAGACAUCAACUCGUUCACAGUGGAGUUAAACCAUUCAGCUGUGAUCAGUGUGGAAAGGCUUUUACUGACAAGAGUAAUCUAGCAAAACAUCAACUCAUUCACAGUGGAGUGAAACCAUUCAGCUGUGAUCAGUGUGGACAGGGUUUUACUCACAAGAAUAAUCUAGCAAAACAUCAACUCAUUCACAGUGGAGUUAAACCAUUCACCUGUGAUCAGUGUGGAAAGGCUUUUACUCGGAGGAGUCACUUAAAAAGACAUCAACUCAUUCACAGUGGAGUUAAACCAUUCAACUGUGAUCAAUGUGGAAAGGCUUUUACUCGCGUGCUCUCUUUGAAAUCCCAUCAACUCAUUCACAGUAGAGUGAAAUUGUUUGGCUGUGAUCAGUGUGGAAAGGCUUUUACUCACGUGCUCUCUUUGAAAUCCCACCAACUCAUUCACAGUGGAGUUAAACCAUUCAGCUGUGAUCAGUGUGGAAAGGCUUUUACUCAGAAGAGUACGUUAAAAAAUCAUCAACUCAUUCACAGUGGAGUUAAACCAUUCAACUGUGAUCAGUGUGUGAAAACCUUUACUCAACAUGAACAGUUGUCGAUCCAUCAAUGCCCCCAUUCUGGUAGAAAGCGGUACCACUGUGACUCCUGUGAAAAAACUUUCAAAUACCAACAGACCUUAAAAUAUCACCAACGCAUCCACACUGGACAUGAUGUGUACGUAUGUGAUCACUGUGGCAAACCAUUUCUAUUGUACUCACAGUUAAAAGCUCAUGAAGUGACCCACACUGGGGUUAAACCAUACAUUUGUGACCAGUGUGGGAAACGCUACAGCUACACUGCAUGCCUCAAAGUUCACCAACGUGUCCACACUGGGGAGAGACCAUACAGAUGUGACAAGUGUAAGAAGACUUUUACAACUUUGGGUUCCCUGAAACGACACCAGCAGAUCCACACCAGAAAGAAAGCAUUCAAUCAGUGUCACAUUGAGCAGAACGGAACAGAUGGACAAAACUCUCAGACUUGCCAGCACUCUGCCAUUGGUGAACAGUGCUGCUUUGACCAGUCUGGACCAACGUCCAACCAACAAGGAACCCUACAACGACACCAGCGUAUGCACACUGGACACAGACUGAACCCCUGCCAAGAAGAUUUCUCCAUGCAGGGUUCAGUAAAAGUUCAUGAAGUCCUCCACAAACUUAAAGUCCUUGAGAUCCGGCUUCACAGAAUUCAGGAGAACAAUGUGAUGAGUGCACCGAGAGAUCCAAUACAGGGAGCUUUCCUUUUUCAAAGAUCAUUAGAAGGACAGAAGACAAAUUGUUCUAGAAACCUAUCAUCUGGGUCAGGUGGUCACUCUGCAGCACAAGGAGUACUAUCCCACAUUGGAUCUGAUGUUAAUAUUUCCCUUAGACAUGGUGUUUCUUCAGUGGCGUCUCUGCACAACAUGCAGAAUUAAAUGGAAGAAUUCUUGGAGCCCCUGUCUUGCUUUCAGAGUUCAGCAACUGAGGUACAUACAUGUAGCCUUGUAGAUGAUUUUAUUCAAUAAUAAGCCCCCCAGCAAUAAGAAAUGUCAGCAUUGUGUCAUGUUACAGGAUUCUGUGACAGAGGAUUAGUUCUAGGAAAAACCUAGUCACUCUACAGUUUGUGCUGACAAUAUUUAAUGGAUAAUAUCUAGAAAUGUGGCUCACAUUUUCGUGGCACCAAAAAUCUAACUUUGUUACUCUGAGGGCUGCUAUGAAGCAAGUUCAGUAUAAGCAGGCUUACUUUGUGUACACCGGCUCGACAAAAACUAAAGCCUCAGUCAGAGUUAAUGGUGGUUGUCAGGUUUCUUUGUUAACUCAGACUUUCUACUUCAGAUCCUGUGAGUCACAAAAAGGGGGGGUGUUAACACCAAAUGGACGUCUCAUGUACCAGCUGCUUCAGUCAACUGGUUGUUA